UCCAGUGACACUGUGGCGGAGUGCAGAGCACCAUGCAGGCCGUUAAAGUAUGAACAUUUUACUGCCAUCGCUGCAAGAAGAUGAUCCUGCUGUCUGGUCUGAUUUUUAUUUUAUUGGGAAAACCAGGUCGGUGCCUAGAGGAGGAUGGAGGAAUUUAUUUUAAUGGAGACGUCCGCCACUUCGCCGUGGCCAACAACUCCGUUUACGUCGCCACAGACGACAGACUGUACCAGCUGAACCAUGACCUGACUCUGGUCCAGAGUCUGACCCAUAGAGGAUUCUUGAAGUACGAUAAACAGCUGAAUGUCCCCAGGUUUCACCGGGUUUCCGAGAAGGAUGAGUGGAACGCAACUUUCAGUGUCCAUGUGUUACUGCCGUUUGAUGAUAAUGACACAUUGAUCAGCUGCGGUGUGACUGACAACGGAUGCGGCUACUGCGAGGUGCUGGACCUGGCAGACAUCUCUAAAGUGCGGUACAGUGAACCCAUUCUUGUGGGACCAGUGAACCCCAACAACGCGUCCGUCGCAUUCCUGGUGGAUGUGGAGAGAUCAAGAACCAACGAGACUUAUAUUCUAACCGCCAUACAGCAAGACGAAUCCCCAAAGCCAACAUGCUCCUCUGGUUCCGAGAUAGUGUAUCUUCACAGUACAAAUAACCAACAGCAAGGAGGCAUAUUUUCCUUUAAUGAGGGGUCUACCCCUCUGUUCAAAAGUAAAGGUAAUGUGGAUUUUGUGGACGGAUUUCAGAUCAGUUCAAUCAUCUAUCUUUUCUCCAACGUGCCUUCAGACAAAGAAGGCAACAAUGUUCGUCUCAUUUGGCUGGAAGGUAAAACGAGCAGGGUCCAGACAAUGAGGUCACUGCGUGGUGCGUCUCUCUAUAUCUCUGAUCUUGGUGGUAAAGGCAGCAUACUUCUGGCCUCCUCGGUGGUCCCGGGCGGGCCACCGGUGCUCUGGAGCGGCGUGUUCAGUGUAGACGGAGGACAAACCAACACCGAGCUGGUCAUGUUUGACAUCAGUCCCGAUCUCACCCUAAAACAAAAUGAAGAUCCAGACUUCUGCAGUGCUGCUCGAUGUGACGGCAUGAACGUUAAGCCACAGACCCUGAAGCCAAAGAAGACACUCUUCAGGCAGAACUACAUGACCUCUGUGCUGGCAGUGAGACACAAGAGCUGGAUGGUUUUCUUUGUUGGGACGGGAGAUGGACAGCUCAUUAAGCUUGCUGUGGACAACAACUAUCACACCACCUGCCCCAAGGUGCUCUACAGGGCCAAUGAUGACCACAAAGUGUUUCCCAAAAUACAUCUGGAUAAAGUGGAUCAUAAACAUCUGUAUGUGGCAUUUCAAAACCAGAUGAAGCGUGUACCUGUGUCAAAGUGCAGCACAUAUAAAACUCUGCAGGACUGUUGGUCUGCUCAGGAUCCAUACUGUGUCUGGUGUGGCUCCAACAGAUGCACAUUUGAAGAUGAAUGCCCAGAUUCAGACUGGUUAUCCAUUCCUGAAGAUUACCAGGAGAAAAUGGUUUCCUACACUGUAACAAAAGACACCACUGACCAGAUCACACUAAAGAUCCAGACACACCUGACUGUGGGUCAAAACGUGUCUAAUUUCACCUGUGAAAUCUCUUCAAGUGUCAAUGAGUUUUGUAGAUGGGAAAGCGCUCCCCCACAGUUCCCACAAUGCACCUGCAUCCUCUCAAAUAACACACUUCCCAUUGAAGGCCUGGAUGUCACAGUAAGGAUUAGACUGGGGAAGAUUGAUUGGUUGGAAAAAUUGAAGCUAAUGAAGUGCUUGGACAUCAGAGGACCAUCUACCUCUGACUUGUGUAAGCAGUGUCUUGAUGCUGGAUGUGACUGGAGCCAAAAUGUCUGUUCCUGGGCGACUACAGAACUAAAGAAUUACAGUGUUUGCCAAAUGGAGGAAUCAGGAAUGAACAUUUCUAAGCCAGAGAUCUCCUCCAUCACUCCCAGCGUUGUGAGUUUUUACGGCAAAAACCAUGCACUGUUGACAGGUCACAACCUCAGUGACGUGAUCAGAGUGAGGAUCCAAGCGGACAUGGACUGCACUCCACGAGAAUCUCCUGUGUGGAACAACACAGGUGUGAAUCUGACGUUCCACAUUCCCAGUGCUGACCGUAAAGGCAUGGUCAAAGUAUGUGUUGUCCUCCCAGAUGGUAGUUGCCAAGGCAACACUGAAAUCACCUACAGGUCAUCACCAUCUUGUACCGCUGUUACACCAAGCAGCAGCUGGAUGAGUGGAAAUAGGAAGAUCACACUCUCGGGAUCCCACCUGGAAUUUGUGGAAGGGGUCAUACACAGCCACACCAUGCAGGAUGUCAGGCUUCCCAGAAACAGCAACUCUCAGAAUCUAAUCUAUGACACACCUGCAGCUGAAAAUACUAAAGGAACUUUUACCAGCAAUGUGUUUCUGAAAAUUGCCAAUGAAACCUUGACCUGCUCCACAAGUAUCGCUUACCAUCCAGACCCUGAAUUUAUCAGCUUCACAUCCACAAGGAGGAAUGAUGUGCAUACGAUCACCGUAAAGGUACAACAUAUCUCCAACAAACAUGCACAAACAUGA